AUGGCCUCUCCCCGCGACCCAGCCCGCCUGCGCCAGGGCCUCAACCCGCUGACUACCUCUGCUCUUGGGUCUCACGUCGGCCAGCAGCACGCUACGCCUAUAUCUGCCAUCUCCAUGGCCUCGUCGCACGUUCUGUCGGCACACACUCCUGUGAGUGCUCUUCAGCCAUACAAUCCCCAGGAGUGGGUGCCGCCCGGUGCGCCGCCGAUGCCAGAGAGACAGGUCCAGUACGCCUCCGAGGCGCAAGCCCCGGCGCCGCCUCCUCCUCCAUAUAGCCCGCCCAGGAGUCGACAGCAGCGGCCUGUCAGUACGGCCUUUGAGCAUGCACUGGCGCCCAUGUCUACGCCGUCGCCAAGAAUGACUUCCAACUUGACGAUGCAUCAUGCUUCACCUGAACCUCUAGCAAACCCUUCAUUUCCCCCUCCUCCCGGCACCGGCGGCCGUGGAGGUUCUCGCGACCGCCGAUUCGGCCUGCCUUCCCUCGGGCGACGGAAAGAACCAGAGCAGCAACAGGCCGGUCCGUCGGAUGCACAUGCUGCUGCUCACGCUCGACGAAGCAUGGGCCCCAUGUCAUUCUACGCUCCUGAGCCUCAGCGCCCGAUUGCUGGUCCGUCUGCCGAUGGACUGCCUCCUGCAGCCCGAAGAGCGGCAUCGACUGGCGCUAUUGACACUCCGACGUCUAAUCGAUCGCGCUCGACGUCGCAAACGAGAAGCCCUGGGUUCGGCAUCUAG